CUAAACCCCAUUUCUCUUCUCUUUUCUUCUCUUCUCUUCUAUGUAUAUAUCUUACUCAUUCACAUUCUCAUAUCUCAACCAGACAAAUAUCUAUCUUCCAAAUUCUACUUCUUCAAUACAUACAACAACACCAUCAAGUUUAAUUUUCCCAAUCCCAUUGGCAUCCAAAAUCCAAGUGUUUCAUCUGCCAUGGCAGAACAGAACAAUAUUCAACAACAUGAAAGAAUAAAACUUCCCAACUUUCUGUUAUCUGUGAAACUCAAGUAUGUGAAGCUUGGAUACCACUGCUUAAUCUCAAACGCCAUGUACCUUAUUCUCGUACCCCUCUUCGGCGCAGUCUCAGCUCAUUUAUCCACUCUUUCCAUCCAAGACUUUGUCCAACUAUGGGAGAAUCUCAAAUUCAACUUUGUCUCAGUGACUCUGUGCUCCGGCCUUGCAGUAUUCCUCUCCACUCUCUACUUCAUGAGCCGCCCGCGCGGCGUGUACUUGGUCGAUUUCGCGUGCUACAAGCCGAAGCCAGAUUGCACGUGCACCGGGGAGACUUUCGUGGAAAGAUCUUCUCUCACAGGAUCAUUCACAGAGGAGAAUCUUUCAUUUCAGAAGAAGAUACUUGAGAGGUCUGGGUUGGGGCAAAAGACUUAUUUGCCCCCUGCAAUCUUGAGGGUGCCACCAGACCCGUGUAUGGCUGAAGCAAGGAAGGAAGCGGAGGAGGUCAUGUUUGGUGCAAUUGAUCAGCUUCUUGAAAAAACUGGUGUGAAGGCUAAGGAUAUUGGUAUUUUGGUGGUGAAUUGCAGCUUGUUCAAUCCCACACCAUCACUCUCUGCUAUGAUUGUGAACCACUACAAGUUGAGGGGGAACAUUCAAAGUUAUAAUCUUGGUGGCAUGGGAUGCAGUGCUGGCCUCAUCUCUAUAGACCUUGCCAAGCAGCUACUCCAGGUGCAUCCCAACUCUUAUGCCUUAGUAGUGAGCAUGGAAAACAUCACUCUGAACUGGUAUUUUGGCAACAACCGACCAAUGCUAGUCUCAAAUUGUCUCUUCAGAAUGGGUGGAGCUGCAAUCCUCCUCUCUAGUAAGUCCAGUGAUCGCCGCCGAGCCAAAUACCAAUUGGUUCACACAGUGCGUACCCAUAAAGGUGCAGAUGACAAAUCCUACGGUUGUGUCUUCCAAGAAGAAGAUGAAACAAAAACAGUUGGCGUAGCACUGUCAAAAGAUCUAAUGGCUGUUGCUGGAGAAGCCCUCAAGACCAACAUCACAACACUAGGACCAUUAGUCCUUCCCAUGUCAGAGCAAAUCUUGUUUUUCGUUACCUUGGUUGCUAGGAAAGUGUUCAAGAUGAAGAUAAAGCCAUAUAUCCCAGAUUUUAAGCUAGCUUUUGAGCACUUCUGCAUUCAUGCUGGAGGAAGGGCAGUGUUGGAUGAAUUGGAGAAAAAUCUUGAUCUCACUGAUUGGCAUAUGGAACCCUCAAGGAUGACCCUUAAUAGGUUUGGGAACACUUCUAGCAGUUCAUUGUGGUAUGAAUUGGCUUACACUGAAGCUAAAGGGAGGAUCAAGAAGGGUGACAAGACUUGGCAGAUUGCAUUUGGUUCUGGGUUUAAGUGCAACAGUGCAGUGUGGAGGGCUCUUAGAACCAUCAAUCCAGCAAAGGAGAAGAAUCCUUGGAUGGAUGAGAUUCAUGAGUUUCCUGUUCAUGUGCCUAAAGUGGCAAAAAUUGGAUCUUAAAUAUGGCCUAUUUUAGUGGAGUAAUGAUAUUGGUAUGUGUACAUACUGUUUUUAUCGACAUAUUUCCGACACACACUUUUGCAGUAGUUUUUAACAGCCGCAAAAACAUUAGUGGUAAUCACUGCUAAAGUGUGUGUCGGAAGUAUGUCAAUAAAAAGCGUAUGGCUUUCAAUCAUUUCCGUUUUUAGUGUAUUACUAUUAGGGAAGAAAUCUAAAUGGAAGAAACUUGUUUAUGGUAUUGUAGUUCACGUAAGAGAAGUGCCCAAAUAGAAUUGAAUAUUUCUCCAAGUAACUUUGCUAGUUUGUUUCUCCUGGUGACAGUGUGCUAGUAUUAAAUAAUGUCAUACACUUAUUGCUCCAUUAAUAGAACCUUUUUCUUCA